AUGACAGACAUGUUCGACAAACAGCAUUACGACAGCCCUCCUGUCUACAGCCCACCUUCCAACAAUGGCUACGGACCGCCGGGCAGCUUCCAGGACCCUACGAGUGACUACAACCCUUACCCCCCUCCGCCCGGAUCCUACUACAUAGAAGACAAGCCGCAGCACUUCUACAAAUGGCUGUCACCUCCUGGGAUUAUCAAAGCGAUGAUGGGCACAGUGAUCUUCCUCUGCGUGGCCAUAUUUGCGUGCGUAGCUUCCACCCUAAUGUGGGACAUGCAGUACGGUAUGGGCGGCAUGGGUUAUCCCGGGAUGGGCUACGGAAGUGGUUAUCCCGGUGGAGGCUAUGGUUCAGGGUACGGGAGCUACGGAGGGAAUUACGGAAGCUACUCAGGAUCCUACAUAUCGCCGUACUCUGCCAAAACAGCCAUGAUCGCGAUGGCGGCCAUUAACUUCAUCGUGUCGUUGGCGUUUUUCAUCAUGAGUUUUUCAAAGUCUCCUUCCGUGCGCAGCCGGAAGUACUUCCUGGCUCUGCUUAUAUCCUGCGUCAUCAUGGCCAUACUGGAGGCCAUCAUCAGCAUCGUCUACAUCGUGGGAGUGAACCCCAUGGCCCAAGGCUCCUCCAGCAUGAUGUACAACCCCAUGUUGAUGAUGUGCCAGAGCCUGUACCAGACCUCCUACUCACAGAUGGGGGGAGUCGGAGGCUUCCCCAUUUACAACCAGUAUCUCUACCACUACUGCUUCGUGGACCCGCAGGAGGGCGUGGCCAUGGUGUGCGGCUUCCUGGUUGCUCUUGCAUUGGGGGUGGCUGCUUUCUACGCUCAAAGGACUCGGGGCAAGAUCUGGCGCUACGGAAAACCCAACAUUUACUGGGAGGAGCCUCUGGUGGGCGGGAAGGCGUCAGAAGGCAGGGACGUGGAGGAGUGGGGGAUAGGGCAGACCGCAGAAGAACAGAAGAACAGAGUAGAAGAGCGUCCGUCACGCGUCCGUCACGCGUCCGUCCGCGUCCGUCACGCGUCCGUCAAGCGUCCGUCACGCGUCCGUCACGCGUCCGUCACGCGUCCGUCACGCGUCCGUCACGCGUCCGUCACGCGUCCGUCCGCGUCCGUCACGCGUCCGUCACGCGUCCGUCCGCGUCCGUCACGCGUCCGUCACGCGUCCGUCACGCGUCCGUCCGCGUCCGUCACGCGUCCGUCACGCGUCCGUCACGCGUCCGUCCGCGUCCGUCAAGCGUCCGUCACGCGUCCGUCACGCGUCCGUCACGCGUCCGUCCGCGUCCGUCACGCGUCCGUCCGCGUCCGUCACGCGUCCGUCACGCGUCCGUCCGCGUCCGUCACGUGUCCGUCACGCGUCCGUCACGCGUCCGUCACGCGUCCGUCACGCGUCCGUCACGCGUCCGUCAAGCGUCCGUCACGCGUCCGUCACGCGUCCGUCACGCGUCCGUCACGCGUCCGUCAAGCGUCCGUCACGCGUCCGUCACGCGUCCGUCACGCGUCCGUCACGCGUCCGUCACGCGUCCGUCAAGCGUCCGUCACGCGUCCGUCAAGCGUCCGUCACGCGUCCGUCAAGCGUCCGUCACGCGUCCGUCACGCGUCCGUCACGCGUCCGUCACGCGUCCGUCACGCGUCCGUCAAGCGUCCGUCACGCGUCCGUCAAGCGUCCGUCACGCGUCCGUCAAGCGUGAACAAUGUGGAGGACAACCGCAGUGUGCAGGACGCGCCCACUCUGCUGGUGUCCGAGAAGGGGGCGGGACUCCUCAACGCCUCAGCCAAUAGCGUCAUGUCGUACCCCGCGGCCAAAUCAGACAGCUUUGACGGGGACGCCUACAACGACAACGAAUACACACAGCGGAUGAGUCGACCCUCUGAAGUGUCCCACGGUCGCAUCAGCUCCAGCCCCUCAGAGGAAACCCCCCGCAAGCCAUCCGCCAACCGGGGCAAGAGGCGACGACGCAACCCCGACUGGGACGAGUCUCAAGCACUGGGACAUGUCUCCAUUCACACUAUCUCACAGAAGAUACACCCUACAACAGCCAACGCUCUUCUCUGCCCAGCUUCACUCAAAACCUGUCCUGCCCUGGGGGGUGGCACUGUGGAGGGUGGCACCGUGGGGGGUGGCACUGUGGAGGGUGGCACCGUGGAGGGUGGCACCGUUGGGGGUGGCACUGUGGGGGGUGGCACCGUGGAGGGUGGCACCGUGGAGGGGGGCACUGUGGGGGGUGGCACUGUGGAGGGUGGCACUGUGGAGGGUGGCACUAUGGAGGGUGGCACUGUGGGGGGUGGCACUGUGGAGGGUGGCACCGUGGGGGGUGGCACUGUGGAGGGUGGCACUGUGGAGGGUGGCACUAUGGAGGGUGGCACUAUGGAGGGUGGCACUAUGGAGGGUGGCACUGUGGGGGGUGGCACUGUGGAGGGUGGCACUGUGGGGGGUGGCACUAUGGAGGGUGGCACUGUAGGGGGUGGCACUGUGGGGGGUGGCACUGUGGAGGGUGGCACUGUGGGGGGUGGCACUAUGGAGGGUGGCACUGUGGCGGGUGGCACUGUGGAGGAUGGCACUGUGGAGGGUGGCACUAUGGAGGGUGGCACUGUGGAGGGUGGCACCGUGGAGGGUGGCACUGUGGGGGGUGGCACCGUGGAGGGUGGCACCGUUGGGGGUGGCACUGUGGGGGGUGGCACCGUGGAGGGUGGCACCGUGGAGGGGGGCACUGUGGGGGGUGGCACUGUGGGGGGUGGCACUGUGGCGGGUGGCACUGUGGCGGGUGGCACUGUGGAGGGUGGCACUGUGGAGGGUGGCACUGUAGGGGGUGGCACUGUGGGGGGUGGCACUAUGGAGGGUGGCACUGUGGCGGGUGGCACUGUGGGGGGUGGCACUGUGGAGGGUGGCACUAUGGAGGGUGGCACUGUAGGGGGUGGCACUGUGGGGGGUGGCACUGUGGAGGGUGGCACUGUGGGGUGUGGCACUGUGGGGGGUGGCACUGUGGAGGGUGGCACUGUGGGGGGUGGCACUGUGGAGGGUGGCACUGUGGGGUGUGGCACUGUGGGGGGUGGCACUGUGGGGGGUGGCCCUAUGGAGGGUGGCACUGUAGGGGGUGGCACUGUGGGGGGUGGCCCUAUGGGGGGUGGCCCUAUGGAGGGUGGCACUGUAGGGGGUGGCACUGUGGAGGGUGGCACUAUGGAGGGUGGCACUGUGGAGGGUGGCACUGUAGGGGGUGGCACUGUGGGCUGCUGCAAAAAUGCAAGCACAGAGGCUUGCAUUUUUCAGACAGAAAAGUAA